AUGGGAACUUGUGCUAGUUAAAAAAGUCCAGGAAAGCUAUAAAGAAGCGUUGCUUAAAAACAUAUAGAGAUAGAUUUUGAAAAGCUGUUGAAAUAUAACAAAGAGAAGGAAGCUAAAGAGGGAAAAGAACAUCUUCAGCAAUAACAAUCAUUUUGUUAAAUAUUUCUUCAAGAGAACAAAUUGUCAACCCCUUAUUCAUUAGCCUAGAAUUUGGGACCAUCCACUCAAUUAGAAUACAAAAGAUAGUGA